UGCACGACCAACUCGCUGUAGUAGGUACUUCCUGUAUCCACCCGAACAUAAGUUUGGUUAAAACAGAACAGCCAAGUUUGUUUACGCUGAUAUUGCCCAUUUAUUUUUCUUUAUUAUUUUCUUAUUUCAAAUUCUAUCAUGUCAAAAUCCAUAAAGAAGCAAGUUGACGAGGCCCAGAAUCAUAGAAGCCCUGAAUUGGACCUGUCAGAUAAAAACAUCAGUAAAAUAUUGGACAUCCCAUCUCUCUUUUCACUGGCAGACCAUCUGACAAGGCUAACAUUGAGCCACAACAAAAUCGAUAGUGUGCCGCCAGCAGUCGUAGAACUUCAUAAGUUGGAGGUCUUGAAUCUGUUUAACAAUCACAUAGAAGAGUUACCAACUAACUUCAGUUCCAUGCAAAACCUGAAAAGGCUCAAUGUAGGGAUGAACCGUUUGUACCACCUUCCGAGGGGAUUCGGGGCUUUCCCGAAGCUUGAAGUGCUUGAUCUGACUUACAAUAACCUGAGUGAAAACAGCUUAAGUAAAAACUUCUUCCUCUUAGGUACUCUGAGGGCCUUAUACUUAAGUGAUAAUGACUUUGAAGUAAUUCCAGAGGAAAUUGGCAAGCUGACCCAAUUGAAACAGCUUGCUAUUAGGGACAAUGAUCUUAUAUCUCUACCACAAGCAAUCGGUGAGCUGGCAAUGUUACGUGAGCUACACAUACAAGGCAACAGACUCACUGUUCUACCACCCGAGCUUGGUAAACUUGAUUUGUACUCAAACCAAGCCGUAUUCAGGGCAGACAACAACCCCUGGGUACCUCCCAUUUUAGACCAAUUUCAAGUUGGCGUUUCUCAUGUCUUCGAAUACAUUCGUUCAGAUACAUAUAAAUAUUUAUAUGGUCGGCACAUGCAGGCAGGAGCUGCACCUCCACCCAAGAAGGCAAAUAAAAGUAAAAAGAUCUGUAAGAAGGAAAUUUGGGGGAAGAAGUGAAGAAGCUUUAGAUAAAGUAGAUUUAACACUAACAAUUCAAGUGAGUUUUAGCACGAAAGAUGCCAAGAAUGAGUAGAAUUGCAGGUAGAUGGUGGCCAUGCAACACCCACUAAACCCGGUACCAAUAACAGGUACCCUGAAUGUGUUCUAAUGGUGUUAAAAUGAAUGCCUUUCUAAUAUAAGGCUUAUAUAAAUAUGACAUAAUAUGUGAGGUCUCGCCAUAAAAGGAGUCUCAUGGUUAGAAAUUCAAAAAUUGAGUUUAUAUUAUAUUUGUGUAGAUCACAUUAUAAGCUUUCAUUUGGUCUUUGAAUGGCUUCCCUACUAUAAGUAAAUCCAGAGAUGUGAGCAUUUA